UCAAAUAUUUGAUUCAUAACCAAGUUUAUAUUAUCUAAGCAACAAACUAGAACACACAAGGACAAUAUGGUGAACAAUUUGGUUUAUUCUUGGAUAACAUUGAUUGUCCUGCUAAGUGAUUGUUCACUUGAUACAAUUCAGUUGAUCCAAGGAAUGCCGAUGCAAGGGAACACCGAGAGUAAAGUUUAUGGGGAAAAGUGGAGGCCUCAGUAUCACUUUUCACCUCCAACUUCAUGGAUCAACGAUCCAAGUGGAUUGACUUAUUCCGAUGGUAAAUACCAUUUGUUUUAUCAAUAUCAUCCAGACUCACUGGUAUGGGGUCCUAUGCACUGGGGCCAUGCUACAUCGAGUGACCUUUUACGGUGGGAAAAUGAACCCAUUGCCUUGUAUCCUGCCCCAGGUGGAGCAGCCUUUUCAGGCUCGGCUGUCAUUGACUCAACCAACAUAACUGGUCUUCAGAAAACGGCAAAUACAAAUGUUUUUGUUGCAAUAUUUACGCGAAGCAACGACUCAUCACCAACUCCACAGACCCAACACUUGGCCUACAGCUACGAUGGCAUAACAUUCAACAAUUAUGAAAAUAACCCAAUCCUGGUUGACCCAUCAAAACGCGAUUUCCGUGAUCCUUCUCUCGUUAAAUAUGGCGAUGGUUACAUCAUGUCACUUGCUGCUGGUGAUGCAGCCAUGUUUUACAAGUCAACCAACCUAAUUGAUUGGACCUAUUUGAGUAGUUUCGGAGAGAAGCCAAGUCAAGGUUCACACAUGGGUUUCUGGGAAUGUCCAGCUUUGAUACGAUUUGAGGUUGAUAAUUCUGAGCUUUGGGUACUGAUAACAAGCAUAAAUCCAGGAGGUCUAAAUGUCGGUUCAGCAACCCAAUACUUUGUUGGAACGUUUGAUGGAACACGAUUCAUAAAUGAAAAUCCGGCCGAUCGAGUUCUCUGGUUAGACUACGGCCCAGAUUAUUAUGCUGCUGCUAAGUACACCAACAUUCCUUCACCCAAACCAACCAUGAUUGCAUGGAUGAGCAACUGGAACUAUGCUACCAAUCAACCAACCACACCAUGGAGAGGACAGAUGACUCUACCUCGAUCCAUGGAAUUGGUAAAGACGAGUGAUAAUGAUUAUCAUGUGCAAACCUUUCCCAUCGACGAAGUUAAAAACUUACGAGAAUCCUUUUUGUACGAAUUCAAAGGUGAACCAGUAACUGAAUCAUUGGCCAUCCAGCACAACUCAGAUCGGUACCAUUUAGAGUGCAGCUUCAAGUCCAACCGUACAAGUUUCGGUGCCGUCAAAAUAAAACUAAUGAACCAAGCAAGCGGCGAACAAGUUACUAUGAAUUUGGACAAUCUCCGAAUCGAAGUAGAUCGAAGUCAAUCCGGGCUGACAAACUUUUCUUCCGACUUUACCAAACUAAUUCGAGGUUCCCGUAUCUUACCCAGUCCUCAACUCUCUGUCGAUCUGUUUUUCGAUUCGUCAACCGUCGAACUCUUUUACGACAAAGGUCUCUCUUCCUUUACUUACCUUGUCUUUCCAACCCAACCCUAUGAUCUUAUCUCAAUUGAAUGCACCGAUUGUACAAUAAGUUCAUUAAGCAUGUACCAAAUGAAGUCCAUUUGGAAAAAUGAUUCCUGAAAAGGAAAAAAGUUCCUAAUGAACAUAACUUUUUUUGUGAGUAAAAGUGGAGUAAAUUUUGACUCACAAAAUUGUUGAA